AUGGGAGGCAAGUGGGAAGCAGCAGUAAAAUCAGUAAAACACCAUCUGCGACGCACCUUAAGAGAAACUUUGCUUACAUUCGAAGAGCUUACGACGUUGCUGGCACAAAUCGAAGCCAUUCUUAAUUCCAGACCCUUAGAAUCAUUAAGUGACGAUCCAGAAGACACGACCGCACUCACACCUGGACAUUUUUUAACAGGAGGUCCGCUCACUGCAAUUCCUGAGCCGUCAUUAAAGAAAGUACAUAUGUCAAGACUGUCCCGCUGGCAAUUCAUUCAGCAACGCGUACAACAGUUCUGGUCUCUCUGGUCGACUCACUAUCUACAACGACAGCAAUCCAUCUCAAAGUGGCACCACCCACAGAAUGACAUCAAGGAAGGUUCUAUUGUGCUCAUUACAGAUGAAAGACUACCUCCAAGCAAAUGGCCACUCGCUCGAGUACAAAAAAUACAUCCUGGUGACUACAUUCUAGUGACGUCACCAGCAUGA